AUUUCCAUGCAGCGCGGGAAGACGUGGCGCGAACAGCAGAGGCAGCAGGGAGGAUGAAGGUGUAUUUCUGCGGGAGUAUCCGCGGCGGCAGAGAUGACGCGCACCUUUACCUGAGGAUCGUUCAGAAGCUGCAGAGCUACGGGACCGUGCUGACCGAGCACGUGAGCAGCGCCGAACUCACCGACAGAGGAGAGGACGCCGUCGCAGCCGGAGAUAAAUUCAUCCACGACAGAGACGUGUCCUGGCUGCAGCAGUCUGACGUGGUGGUUGCCGAGGUAACCCAGCCGUCUCUGGGCGUCGGCUACGAGCUCGGCCGAGCGAUCGACAUGAAGAAGAAAAUCUUCUGUCUGUUCAGACCGUCGUCAGGACGACGUUUGUCUGCGAUGAUCCGCGGCGCCGAUGACGGCGUUCUGUUCGUGGUGAAGGAUUACAGCGAGGACGAGGUGGAGAACGUUCUGGAAGAGUUCUUUAACAAACUGAAGAGAACCUGAAGAACAUCUGUCUGUCCUUUGAAACAAUAAAAUCUGUUUUCAUCUUUAUUUUCACUUCUUGGUUUAAUUUUUGUUGAAUAUUUUACACUUUUAUAUCUGAAAAAUACAUAAAUUCAAACCGUUGAUUUUCAAAAUAAAAUAUUUAAAUGUUACAAA